UCUCCUUGCAGCAGUCGCUUCUCCUCGAGGCAGGACUCAGAGGACACCUCCCCGCACCGACCGGAGGAGAAGCGAGGGAAGGUUUGCCUCUACUCUCUUGAACUAUGUUUUGACGGUGGGACGACUUUCAAAAGUUUACGGACUGAAUCAGAUAACCGGGGAACUUGUGGGAAUACUCUAAGAACAGUCGAGCCCAGACUCUCGCACUCAAGGAAUGUGAAGACCCCAUUUUGGCGCAUGUUCCUCUACAUUGUGCGCAGCCUUCUCCUGCUUUCUACGCGGUUGGAAAGCGGAGGAGGGACGGCUUCUCUGGACUCGAUCUCUCGCCUAUGGACGACGGCGGUCCCCUCUCUCCAAAGGCGAAUGCUUUCAGUAUUGCCUCUCUGAUUUCGGCUGCAGAGCAAGCAGGAAACGCGGCGUUUGAGAAACAGAGCACCGGCCUGGACAAGCCAGACCUGCAUAACCACAGCUCCUAUAAAAUGCACUACAGCACUGUCACCCGGGAAAUGGAAGCCAUAUCCAGUCCGUGGCUGACGCAGCUGUCCCAUUUUUGCGAUGUUGCAGCCUUCACGACGAGCAGCCUGAGCAGCCUCAACACGCCGGGGGGCUACCACCUCUCCCCGUCCCCCGGGGACCCCUACAGCCAGCAUGAGGCCCACUUCGAGCCCUGCCCGGCCGCCCAGCACAACUACAACUACCCGGGCUCCAACCCGGGCCAGAACCCGCAGAGCGACGGGGGGACUCCCAACUGCUCCUCGUCCUCCAACAACUCCACUCCCAACGGAAAAACCCUCGUGAAGAAGAAUCCCAAAGUGGCCACCAUUAACGUGCAGCUGGAGAUGAAAGCUUUAUGGGACGAGUUUAAUAUGCUGGGCACGGAGAUGAUCGUUACCAAGGCGGGCAGGAGAAUGUUUCCAACUUUCCAAGUGAAAAUAUUCGGGAUGGAUCCCAUGUCAGACUACAUGCUGCUGAUGGACUUCCUGCCCGUAGACGACAAACGUUACAGGUAUGCUUUCCACAGCUCCUCGUGGCUGGUCGCCGGUAAAGCGGACCCCGCCACGCCGGGCAGGGUGCACUACCACCCGGACUCUCCGGCCAAAGGCGCGCAGUGGAUGAAGCAGAUUGUCUCUUUUGAUAAACUCAAGCUCACCAACAACCUGCUGGAUGACAACGGCCAUAUCAUCCUGAACUCCAUGCACCGAUACCAGCCCCGGUUCCACGUGGUCUAUGUGGACCCUCGCAAGGACAGCGAGAAAUAUGCCGAGGAGAAUUACAAGACUUUUGUUUUUGAGGAGACCCGCUUCACAGCAGUCACAGCCUACCAGAACCACCGGAUCACGCAGCUGAAGAUAGCCAGCAAUCCCUUCGCAAAGGGCUUUAGGGACUGUGACCCAGAGGACUGGCCCAGGAAUCACAGACCAGGCUGUCUGCCAAUAAUGAGUGCCUUUGCCAGAACAAGAAACCCAAUGUCGUCCCCGCCUCCGCAGAACGGCUCUGAGAAAGAGGACAGCAGGAGGGAGUACGAGCGGGACCCCAGCGGCACGCCCAUACACGGAGACCCGGCCCACCAGCUGAUGUCCCGGGUCCUCAGCCCCGCCCUUCCCGUCCCGGGGGGCCUCCACGGCGUCUCACUCUCCAGCGGCAGACCCAGCCCCCCCCACGACCUUCGCCAAGACCCCCACGGUCUCCCGCCGGACACCCUGCACCACCACCCCUACAAGUACCCCACCACCUACGAACACUACCUGGGAGCCAAGACCCGGCCCUCGCCCUACCCUUUACCCGGCAUCAGAGGACACACGUACCACCACCACAUGAACCCAGCCACGGCUAACAUGUACUCAGCCACCAGCGGCCCCUCUAACUAUGACUACGGGCCCCGGUAAGGGGCGAUGCAUUGUGGGAAAUGGAAACAGGAAAGGCAACACAGUCCUGUCUAUUGAUGGCAACCUGUGGGGUGCGUCCACCGCCUGAAACUCUGCUGGAUAAACCCCGUAUUUAUUUAAAGGAAAUGCAUCUCUGCGCUAAGCACCUGCUCUGAGUCCUUUCAGAGGCCUGCUUUGACCUUUGAACCCGAAUGGGAAAAGCUCCACGGCGAGCGGUGCGGACAUUGAGCCAGAAAACAGAGGAGGCAGGAGGGACCUCUCCUUAACACGGACAAUACCUUUGAUCACAGACUGGAAUUGAAUUUUUUUUUUGUGUUGGAUGCACUUUUUGAUUUGUUUGUAUUGCUUUCAAAAAAGCCAUAUGUUAUAUAGUACAUCAACCUUCUAGGUAGACGAGAUGUUUGCAUGUUGAGCUCAUCAGAGAGGGUGUCGAAACACACCCAAAUGUUUUUGUUUGAGGUAUAAAAAAUAAACGAAAUACAAGAUUUGAUUUUGAACAUCUUGAGCCGCUCUGAGAAGCUUGUACCAUGGCACUGACUUGCAGCAAUUCAAAGUAAAUAAAUGAAGCAGAAUGACUGUUCUGUAUCUGUAAAAUAAACAUUAAA